AUGGAUAUUGAAAAGAAUCAUCUAAAGGAAAUGGCCAACGGCAUGCUGAAUGAUUCUAUAUCAUCGAGGGCAUACGAAUGGUUAUUCAAACGAUAUGAAAGCCUCUUCAAGGAUAAGAUAAUUAUGGACGUAGGUUGUCGCAGUGGCUUACUUAGCUUGAUGAGCGUGCAAACUGGUGCCGUCAAGGUCAUAGCUGUGGGCAAUGCAGAAAGUGCUUACUUCGUUAAGAAAGCUAUUUCGAAUACCGAAAAGGAAGAUAUCUUUGAGUUCGUUAAGGGUGAUAUCAGACAGAUAAGACUGCCAUGUGGUCUCAAGAAAGUGGAUAUCAUUGUGUCCGAAUGGAUAGGACACUCGAUUUUUGUGGACUCGCUUUUCAAGGAGGUAAUCUACGCCAGGGAUAAAUGGCUUGUUAAAGGAGGCUUAAUAGUCCCCAAUGUGGCCCAGCUUCUUCUUUACGGAGUUUCAGACCAUCCGCGUGAGAAAAUCGAAGAUUAUCCGAAAGAGGAUUAUGUCCCCAUGGAGAAUAUAGUUACCGAGAAGUUUUUACUGACUAAAAUCGAUCUGUUAACUGCCAAUAUAAAUGAUGAGAAUUUCAAAACGCCCUUCAAGGUAAGGGGUCUAGUGGACAGUCGACUUGGAGCCGUAGUUCUAUAUUCGGAUAUUGGAUUCUCUCUACCCCAGGGCAAUGGCAGGCGAAUAUAUUCCACUAGUCCAAAGAAACCUAGAAGCUACCUAAAGCAAACUAUACUCUUCGUGGAUAAUCCCGUUGUGGUGGCCAGAAAAGAGCUAGUCGAAGGUGUCCUUGGGAUGUACUACAGACCCAACUUACAUCGCAAAGUAGAGUAUUCCCUUUCCUUUGAAAAUUGUGGAUCCGAAGAAUUGGAGGAAACUAAAUAAGUUUCUUAAAAUGAUUUUGAGUCAAAAGUGGACGUGGAUUUGA